AUGCAGCCAAUAGUGAAAAUAUGGCCAUUCAGAGGAUGGGCUUUGGAUUUCAUUGGAAAGUUAAGGCUACCAUUUGCAAAUGGUCGUACUUAUAUGGUAGUUGCAACGGAUUAUUUUACAAAGUGGGUGGAGGCCAUUCCAUUAAAGACCUGUGAGCAGUCAACAGUGAUUAAUUUUAUCAAGAAGCACAUUAUACACAGGUUUGGAUUUCCAGAGACUCCCACCACAGAUAGAAGCCUUUCUUUAGUUGGAAGUGAGGUCAUUGACUAUUAUGCUAAAUAUGACAUUAAAGUGAUCAGUUCUACUCCAUAUUUUGCCCAAGUAAAUAGACAAGCAAAAGCUUCCAACAAAGUAAUUCUCAACAUCCUUGAAAAGAUGAUUGAGAAUCAUCCAAAUGAGUGGCAUCACCUACUUUCUGAGGCGCUUUGGGCUAAAAGGAAUUCAAAAAGAUUAAGUACAAGUGUCACACCAUAUAUGCUUACAUAUGGACAUGAUGCCGUUCUUCCAAUGGAAAUGACCAUUAGGUCUAUAAGGGUGGCUUUCCAAAAUAACCUAACUCCAGCAGAUUACAAUCAUGCCAUAUUGGCAGAACUAGAAGACCUUGAUGAAGUCCGUCUCAAUGCCCUAUACCAUAUUAUUGCUCAAAAGAAGAAAGUCAUGCAGGCAUACAACAAGAAGGUUAAGGCAAAGACGUUUGUUGAAGGAGACUUGGUAUGGCAAGUCAAAUUUUCACCUGGAGUUAAAAGUUUGGAAUAUGGAAAAUGGACACCUAAUUGGGAGGGUCCUUACUUGGUGAAACGAGUACUUAUAAAAUGGGCUUAUAGAUUGAUGGACAUAGAUGGAGGAUCCUACAAGCAUCCUGUUAAUGGGGUAUACUUGAAAGAGUGUCACACUUUCAUCUAUGAAAACUGGAAAUCCACAAUCAUUCAAUCGGCCAUAUAG